CUUGGAGGUCGAACAAUCGCGCUUGUUUUGAGCCCGUACGUUUUCUUCGGAUAGAGGCUACAUUCGGUUUCUAGGUCAUGAUGAGUUCCUGUGUCGGCUAGUUAUAGGUUUUCUUGAAUUCGUUUUCCAUUGAAUUUUAAAGGUUUUUCUGGAUGUUUUGCUCAUUUUGCAGUGUGUAGGUCAGUUUUUGUCACUGGAUGCUACUAUUUAGCUUAUUUUUAGCCUAAAGUUCCCAGUUAUUAUGUUGGUAGUCAAGGAUUAUGGUAAACCUUUAAUCAUUGAGCUAAUUAACGUAUACUAUGCUAUUAUAGUAACAUAGACUAUGCUAAUAAUAGUAACAUUAAACUCCCUUGCUGUUUUGCCAUUGUUUGACAGUGAAACUGUGCGCUGAUUUUUCAGCAUGAGUGGCACUAAAUCGAACCUUCUGGGUUUGCUUAGCAACGUUGUUCCAGCCCUCACAGGACAUAUUAAGCAUGGACUAGCGUUACUCCUUAGCGGAAAGUUUUGAUUCAGCACGCAGCUAUCUUUUUAAGCACGACCUAUGUCAUUUCAGAACAUAGUGGGUAAAUAUGUCCUUCAGUUACCAUUAAAAGGCAUUAUCAAGGAAUAAGUUAGAAUAAAUUUAGAAUUGUUUUAAGCUUGGUGGUGCUGCGGUCUAAGUGAUAAAUCGUAUUAAUCACCGUUAUUCAGGAUAUGCUAUGAACCGGAAAUCCUCAGCUGAAAAACGUAUGAAUAAGACACAGAUCGGUGUAAUUUAUAACUGACUCCAAAUUGCUUUCAUCACGAAACAAUCAACCAAAGUAUGCUUUGAACUGUCGCUCUCAGCCGUUUGAAGGGAAAUUUACUUGAUUUAUGCUGACCUAGUAUGCACAAAUCCCACAGGUCAUUGAAUUGACAACUUAAAAAAGUAGAUUAGUUAAUACAUACAUUUAUCUAUAUGUAAUAAUUAAGGAUACAUUAAAUCUUUAGAAAUUGUAGUUAAAUUUUAUUCGCCUAGUAAUCAAAAAUGCAUACAUCCUAUUUUGGACUUAAAAUAGAUGCAUCGGAAUUAUUGUUGAUUUAUAUUCACUUACUAGACAUUCUCAUACAUCUUAAUGUACUUUAAACACCACCAAUGCAUCCAAAUAGCGUGUGACUAUGACAUUACACUCAUACCAAAAAAAUUAACACGGUAUUAUAUUAUGGUAAGGUAAGCCCUAAAUCAUACUGACUGUAAAUUUCCGUGUCAAAAUAAAAAGAUUACCGCUUUAACUUAUAUUUUAGACCAAUAAGAAGCCAGCUAGCUGACAGCCAAUCCAAAUCUGCCUAUAUCUAUUUUCUUUUCUUAGUAAUUACAGAAUACAUUCGUUGUAUAGCGCAGCUUAAUUGCAGGAGUUUCCCAUGUGUUGCGUUCAUACUUCUGUCUUCGUCUGCCAUGCUCUUUAUGGGUAAUAUCAUUUAAUAGUAAAUUCAUUUACUAUUAAAUGAUAUUAUGAGUUCCAUGGAACUCAUUGCUGGCACUGGAAAUAUUUUUAGAGGUUUCAAUGUUGAUUAUUCUAAAAGGCCAAAUUUGAGAGCAGUCAUAAUUACUGAGUACGUUCCCUGCAGACACCACUUCCACACAUCCCAGCUAGCAUUUUUUUCGGGCGCAUUGCAGACUUUUUGGGGCAGACUUCGGGACAGUGUCCCACGUAAAUAGAUUUACCCGAAGCUUUUUGUCCCAAAAAGUCCGGAGAAAAUGCUAGCUGGGAUGUUUAUAAAUGAAGGAAAAAGUUGUGUAAGUUGAUAUGAUUAUGAGCAAUAAUUUGUGCUCGAAAGGUCAUCACUUAAUAUUACUGUGUUACAAUGUGUGACUUAUCAGAAUAAAAUCUUAUGCAUAAUGGAGUUAUACUCUACUGCAGUUCCCAAGUUUUAUACUUAUAUGGCACUGAAUCUAAGAUGUCGGUUAUCAUGAAUUUAUGGCGGUUAAUGUAGCUGAAUAAACUGGCGUGGAUGUGGAAGGUAUGUGGGGGAUAUGUACAUAAUCCAUCGGGUCCGACAUCGCACAAAGUCGUUUCAUUCUAUGGUCCUUGCUUCAUCACGAAAAAAUAUUUCCGCAUUCCCUGACAUUAGAUCUGCAUAAUUGUAGACUUGGGAAUACAAAAGAGGAAGUUCGUCAGAAAUUAUAAAUCAGCGCAAUAUCGAGAGCAAGCACAUGAGAUGGGAAGUAUUUCAAUUAAUUACUUCCAUAUCUGAAUUUUGCCAAGUUCUUGCGAUAACUUUUAAUUUGACAUGGGUGUAACGCUUUUAAGACUAGAAGCACGACUUCGAGGACGUAUGAUUAUAAUUGUUGUGAUUAUGAACAGUACAUUUUGUAAAUAAUACUGCUUCAAUGUGUGAUAUAUCUAAUAAACAAAUAUGGAAUUACUUACUACCACAGUGCCCAAGUUUUACACUUAUAGAAUUUCAGAUACCUGACACUGAUUCAGAUUCAGAUGAUAAGGAUAUAAGGCUCUUGUGGCCUGUGUUAAUCCUUGCAAAAUAUAUCUCUGCAGAGAUCUAACUUCUCUUUGAAAGCGUUCACCGAUGGAGCUGAUACUACUGAAUCAGGUAAGGAUUUCCAGUCGUUGACCACUCUGUCAGAGAAUCUAAAUUCUGCACGUAUUUUAGUCGUCCUCGGUUUGAGCACCUUUUGCGGUGACCCCGUAAAUGUAUCCUAGAAGGGGAGAAAAGGUUAGAAAGGUCAGUUCCUAAAUCACCCUUAAGUAUACGAUAUGCUAAAAUUAAGUCGCCUCUUUUCCUUCUGUAUGAUAACUUGAACAGAUUUAAAUGCUCCAUCCUUAUCACUAACUAAUUUUGUUCCUACUCUCUGUACUCUUUCCAGGAUAUGUGCCUCCUUUUUGAAGCAUGGACUCGCCGCUUGUAUGCAGUGUUCUAGAACACUCAAGUACCUUUCCAGUAAAUUCCUACCAUCAAAGUAAAUAUUUUUGGAAAAUUAUGGUCAGUUUACGAGCUUUCGUCGUCGGCUGCACUGGGGAGACAGGCAAGGCAUUGAUAAAAGCACUGGCCAAAGAUUCUAGAUACAGCUCUGUCAAACUAAUACAAAGACGCGAAACUGAGGUUGAUUAUGGAUCUGAGGCUACAGAAAUUGAAAAUCGUUUCACUCAGAUUGUUAUAGAUUUUGACCGUCUGGAUGACUACAAGGAAGUGUUUCAAGGUACUGACAUUGGAUUCUGUGCACUUGGAACAACAUUAAAAAAAUCAGGAAAAGAGAAGAUGAAAGUAAUUGAUCAUGACUAUGUGAUACGUAUUGCCGAAUUAAGCUCCGCUGCUGGUUGUAAAGAAUUUCAUCUUGUCAGUUCUAAAGGAGCAAAUAAAGCAAGUUCAUUUUUCUACCUACAACUGAAAGGUGAAAUAGAAUCAGAUUUAAUAUCACUUAAUUUAUUUUCCAAGUGUCUUGCAAUCUAUCGUCCGGGUACUUUGUUAUGCUCUCGUGUUGAAUCUCGUCCAGUUGAAAGAGUUUUCCAAUUAUUACUAAAACCUGUUGCAUAUAUGGCACCUACAUUACUGACAACCCCAGUUGAUACUCUUGCACAAGCUAUGGCUCGGGCACCAUUUUCUGCAAAGUUGAACAGUGAUAGCCCUACGCAAACAGAAAAGUCGUUACCGAAAAAUAUUCAUAUUUUAGAGAAUCAUGACAUUUUUAGUCUUGCUAAAGAUGAUGGGUCAGCAUAGUUUAUUAUGUUAUAUUUUAAAUUAUUGUACAAUGUGAUUUUACUAAACCUGCUAAUAUCAGCAUUCUUGUGUAAUCUAUAUAUAUAUAUAUAUAUAUAUA